UACGUCUUAAGUCCGAAGGUCAUUUGUGCUGCAUUGUAACAUUGAUUAAAUGACUCACAUUUGCUCAAAACCAAUACUUAUCGGACCGUCAAUAUUAAAUGCAGAUUUGUCCAAACUGGCUGAUGUUUGUGAUACUCUACUUAAAUCUGGAGCAGAUUAUUUACACCUUGAUGUGAUGGAUGGACAUUUUGUGCCUAAUAUAACGAUUGGUCAUCCUGUCGUGGCUUCUUUGAAACAACAUCUUCCGUGCAAAACAUUUUUAGACCUGCAUAUGAUGGUUUCGAAACCAGAAAAGUGGAUUGAUAAUAUGAAAUCUGCCGGUGCAACUCAGUACACAUUUCAUUAUGAGUCAACUGAAAAUGUUGAACAUUGUAUCCGUAAAAUACGUGAAGCAGACAUGAAAGUUGGUCUUGGUAUCAAACCGAAAACGCCAAUCACUGAAGUAUUACCUUUCGUUCACUUAGUCGAUAUGAUUUUAGUAAUGACAGUUGAACCGGGUUUCGGUGGUCAAAAAUUUAUGUCAGAUAUGCUACCAAAGGUGAUUUAGUCAUACUCAAGAUAUCUCUCUUUUGUGAUUGAAACACAUACAUAAAUGUGGAAGUAUCAAUUGCCCAGUUUGUUUAUUUUCAGUUUUCUGCCCUACUAAUAAAUCUGUUUUUUUCCUCGGGAAAAUGUUAUCACCGAUGGCAGGUAAUGAAAAUUCAAUUUUGGACAUGUCUACAGUAUGAAUUGACUGAUAAUGUAACCCUACUGAAAUGGUACUUCUAUUGCUGGAUAACUUAAAACUGAUUGUAUUUUAUUGUUGUACUAAUACUUUUAGUAUCCUUCACAAAUAGUUCUAUAUUAGCAUACGUUUUUAUUUGUGUAAAACAUAAGGUUAAGUAUCUGCGUGAAAGAUACGCAAACUUGGACAUUGAAGUUGAUGGUGGCGUAACUUUAAAGAAUAUUCGAGACUGUGUUGAAGCUGGAGCUAAUAUGAUCGUUUCAGGGACUGAAAUCACUAGUCAUGAGAAUCCCGCUACUAUUAUUCAACUCAUGCGAUCUAGCGCUGAUCAACUAUUGAAUUCAUCGAUUACUAUGUGAUGCUCUGACUUCUUAGUUGUUUUUCUUUUUACGAAAAAACUUUUUUUUGUACAAUUUUCUAUUUGGAAACGAUUUAAAAAAUAAAAAUUCUAUUUUCAAACUUUCAAAACAAGUCAGUGAAGUUAAGAAGUACGCACAAUUAUUGGCAUUGGUAAAUGGAUAUUUUUAACUGGACUUCUUUUGUUAUUUUUAAACUGUGCUCUCCAACGAUCAUAAGC